AUGUCAGACCCCAAAGCUUUCGAUCUCCCCGCGAUCAUUUUUGACAAUGGGUCUGGACUAUGCAAGGCUGGGUUUGCUGGCGACAAUGCCCCGCGGUCCGUCAUCACCUCCAUCGUGGGCCGCUCCAAAGCCAAAGCCACCAUGUUGGGAGCUGGCCAGAAGGAGUUUUACGUUGGAGAAGCCGCUCAGUCCAAAAGGGGAGUCUUGUCGUUGAACUAUCCCAUCAACCACGGCAUUGUGACCUCCUGGGAUGACAUGGAACGGAUCUGGAGGCACGUCUACGAAUGCGAGCUGAGGGUCUCCUCCGGCGACCGGCCGGUGCUGCUAACGGAGGCCCCUCUGAAUCCUCUGCAGAACCGGGAGAAGAUGACGGAGAUCAUGUUUGAGCAUUUCAGCGUGCCGGCUUUGUAUGUGGCCAUCCAGGCCACUCUGGCGCUCUAUGCCUCAGCCCGCACCACCGGCAUCGUCUUGGACAGCGGUGAUGGCGUCACGCACACCGUCCCUAUCUACGAUGGCUACUGCUUGCCUCACGCAGUGGCCCGGUUGGACAUUGCCGGACGGGAUAUCACCGAAUACUUCAUGAAGCUCCUUCUGGAGAGCGGCUAUUCUUUUGUCAGCACGGCGGAGAGAGAAAUCGUGAGGGACAUCAAGGAGAAGCUCUGCUAUGUGGCUCUGGAUCCGUCCCAAGAGAUCAAAGCAAAGCAGGAAUACCUUCUGCGGGACUAUAAACUCCCCGACGGAAACAUCAUCAGGAUCGGCAAUCAGUUGUUCCGAGCCCCAGAAGCCCUUUUCGCUCCCCCUGACAUCGGCAUCGAUGCCCCCGGCAUACACCGCAUGAUCUUCAACAGCAUUAUGAAAUGCGACAUUGAUGUGAGGAGAGACCUUUACGGCAAUAUUCUCCUUUCGGGCGGAUCCACCUUGUUUUGUGGGUUGGACGAGCGCAUCUUGCAGGAAAUGCAGCUUCAAGUCCCCAUCGGGAUCGCAGUGAGGAUUAUUGCCCCGCCGGAGAGGAAGUACUGCACUUGGAUCGGAGCCUCGAUUCUGGCUAGCUUGAAAGCUUUCCGGUUCAUGUGGGUCACGCUCAGUGAUUAUAAAGAUUUUGGCCCCGGGAUAGUCCAUCGGAAAUGUUUCUAA